AAGUAUGAAAUAUAACAAAAGUUCAAUGACUCAGAUGGAUAAGUUUAUUUUUAGAAACUUGAUUGUUUAUAUUUAAACGCUGAAUAGACUGACUGGCAUCAUAAUGUUAUUUUAAGCAACCGAGAGGGAGCGUUUUAGAGAUACAGGUUGUGUGCUUGGGAGUCCCCGGAGGCACGUUUCUGCAGUGGGACACAAGCAUUAAAACCAUGAAAAUUAAUUGAUUACAUAAACCUACGAAUACACAAGGUUUGACUCGAGAGCAAAAUAUAUGGGCGGAAUUACUCGCUUGUCACCGAUAGCCGUGAAUAGCCAAUCAGCGUUGCCCGUUUCCACUACACCGUGAGUCAGGUGGCAUUAUGUAUGAUGAACUCAAUUACAUGUGAUUGUCAACGUGAUUGCAUAUGCAUAUGUGACAACCUUUGAUUGUAAACAACGGAUUACGAAGUGUUUGAAAUCUGUGUUUGACAUACCAAUUUUAAAAUGGUGAAACUGUUGAGUGAUAUUUGCUUGAACAUAAUUUAUAUGUCAUUGGACAAAAUACCAGACAUCGGGCAUUAUUUACCAACAGUGUACAAGGAAAUGCUAAUAGAACGGCUAGGAUGGCAUGACAUGUUGACACUGGAUUAUCUCCCUUUUGUAUCUAGACAGUUAUUUACUAUAUCUCUACGAAGAAUCAAUUUCUACAAAUGUGAGCAAGUGAAUGAUACAGUGUUAAAGUUACUGGAGGCAGCAGCGUGCAAACUGGAAUUUAUAACCAUAAAUCAGUGCCAGAACAUAACAGAUAAUGGGAUACAGUGCUGUACAAGGAACCAGGAUGAGCUUGUGUCGGUAAAAUUCCGAAAAUUAAAGCAUCUGACAGAUGUUGGCCUUCGUUGUAUACAGUCUCCUGCCCUUAGAGUUGCUGAUUUCAAGGACUGUGCCAAACUCUCAUUUGAAGGUGUCCGAACACUGUGUGAGAGAAAUCCUACCAUAGGAGAAUUGUAUUUAUCAGGAGUCAAUGAAGUGCAGGGAAACAAGGCAGUCAGCAGUAAAAGUUUGGAGCAUACUCAAAAUAAACAUGACAAUAUUGUCAAUAUAGCAUAUUAUCUUGGACAUAAUUUGGAAAUUUUGGACACACAGUUAAAUCAAAUGUGCAAUGACUGUCUGAUAGCACUGGCUACUUACUGUCCAAAUAUGAAAAGUUUGAAUUUACAUGGUAGUUCCAGAAUAUCAGGAUCAGCUUUAACAAAGUUUUCAAUGGGCUGUACCAGCUUGGAGAAGUUAGAUCUAUCAUUCUGUAGUAGUUUAUGCAGCAGUCCCUCCAACGAGGCCCUCUGGACCCUCCCAACCUCCCUCACAGAUCUUUCCCUGUCUGGUGUGCAACUGAAAGACGAGAGGAUCUUUGUAGAAUGUUUACAGCGAUUGCGCAAUCUCAGAGCUGUAAAACUAUGUGGAGUUCUAGCUUUAACUGAUGCAACCCUGGAGGAGGUUUUGCAACAUAUAGGACAUUCAUUAACUGCACUAGAUUUAAGUGGGGGUAUGACAGAUCAACUCUCAGACCUUGGUUUAUCAGCUAUUGCAGAACACUGCUUCAGACUGGAAGAGCUCAAGUUUAGACUACUGCCUAAUAUAAACUGUAAAGAGUUGCUUCCCAUGUUUAAGGAUCCAGUGAGGGCAUCAAAGUUUAAGACAAUAUUUCUUUCUGUGAGAGAACUGAACCCUGAUGUAUUGCAUGAAGUGUCAAGGUUAUGUCACAAUCUGGAGAAGUUAGAUCUAUCUGGACUUGCAUGUGUAGAUGAUGACACUCUGUUUUCGCUGGCUGAAAACUGUCCCAGACUAGAACAACUUAACAUCAAAAGUUGUCGAAAGGUAUCAGAUUACGGUGUAUGCGAGCUGGCUAGAUGUUGCCCACUGCGUUCUAUUGUUUUGGCGGGAAUUAACAAGGUUACGGACAAAAGUAUUUUUGCUCUUGCCAAUAGCUGCCACUAUUUGGAAGAUAUAUACCUAAAUGGAUGUGCUCAAGUAUCUCCAACAUCUAUCAGAUAUUUGAUGGAUUGUACUAUACCACGAUUGUUCUACAAACAUGCUACUCCAAAUGCUGCUCCAAACCAGCUCAUGGCAAGAAAUCUGGACACUGGAGAGUUUUGUAGAGCUGAUCUGAUAAAUACCGAAGUCACGUGAUUGAUAACCAGGAAAUAGAUUGACUUUUCUAUAUAUACUUAAAACUGGGGCAUAGUUUUAAGUUCAGGUCAAAAUUUUCAGGUUUUGUAAAUGUUGACAGUUUUACCAAAAUUCACACUUGCUAUUGUACUAACAAUUUGUGAUUUCGGUGUCAAAAGCUUUAUUGCAGUACUACUGAAAAGGUUCAUACUGCUGGACAACAUUUUAGUUUAAAACAAUAGUAUUGUAUCUACCAUUUUAAUACUAAUGACUUUUGUUUAAGACCUACAGAAAUAUCCUAGUCAUAUAGUGUAAAAAUUUCUCAUGCACUAUAAUCUGAUUGUCUAUUCUGACAUAUACAUUUUUAGGCUAAUUUAUCUCUUGUUCAGAUAAAUGUUAUAACCUCACCCACCCAUCCUCACGACAUUUCUUUACUAAUAUGUCUAGAAUAAUACAAAUUAAUAAACUAAUUUCAAAAUAUCAAAAAAAGAAAUUCUAAUUGUUCUUGAAACCACAACGAAAUCUUGUUUAGUGCACUAUGCUUGCAUCAGUGGUCUGAGUCUGCUAGAAUAAAUAAUAGUAAUAACCAAUAAAAUCCUCAUUGAUAGUGCUUUCAGAAUAUUUUUAAAUGAUCUCUCUUAGCUAUACAAGUAAAAUGUAUCAAAUUUCUUUGCCCUGACUCACUGUUAAGGUGAGCCUGCAUAGGUUGCGGGUUUUCAGCUUAACUGAGAAGGAAAUGUUAUUGUUGUAAAUUGGUUGGUGUAUUUUGGUGGGAUGUUAUUUAGAAUUAAAAGUAUGUCUGUUUUAAAGGUUGUCUCAUUUCAACUGUACAUUUUCAUAGCAAAAAUGAACAGGGUGUCAAAGUAAUGCUCAUUUAUUAUGUUACAUUAUAGAGCUGUCCCGUACUGUUGUCCACUGUUAUGGUGUGUUGCUCAGGUGAGAGACCUAGGGCCAUCUUGGCCCUCUUGUCGUAAUUUAGCAGGCUAAAGGUUAAAAUUAACUCCUUUUUUGGUCUAUAUAACUUUAUAUCAUGCGUUUUCAGGAGAAUGUGUGACAUAAUAUUGACAUCAUUCUUGUAGGUGAAAAGUAUUGAUAUACAAUUUAAUGUUGUUUACAAUUACCUGCUGCCUGGGAAACAAUGUAGCUACGUUUUUCAGGCACAUAUUGUAAAUCACUUGGUGGCAACUUAGGAGCUAAUACAUGUCGCAGCAUGUACUAACUCUGAAAGUUAUGACAGGGUGAUUUACCUUAUACCUCUGAGAGACAAAGCUCUGUCGUUUCCCAGGCAUGAAUUGUGGUUCACACAUGUGUCUUUACAUUCAGCUCAUUUUUAGCUCAUCUGAUUUUUUGAAAAAAAAUGAUGAGUUAUUGUCAUCACUUGAGCGGUUGUCGGCGUCGGCGUCGGCGUCUGCGUCGGCGUUGCCUGGUUAAGUUUUAUGUUUAGGUCAGCUUUUCUCCUAAACUAUCAAAGCUAUUGCUUUGAAACUUGGAAGACUUGUUCACCAUCAUAAGCUGACCCUGUAUAGCAAGAAACAUAACUCCAUCUUGCUUUUUGCAAGAUUUAUGGCCCCUUUUGUACUUAGAAAAUAUCAGAUUUCUUGGUUAAGUUUUAUGUUUAGGUCAACUUUUCUCCUAAACUAUCCAAAGCUAUUGCUUUGA